AUGCACGGAGAAACGCACGAAGAAAAACCGCUGAUUGUUAGGGUUGUUAUGAUUUUGUUAGUAAGCCUUCUUGCCUCAGCUGCCUUGCUUAGUAAUGGUUUUGUUCUCACGGUCAUUGGUCGCUUUAAAUCUUUGCGAACAGUUCCAAACAUUCUCCUUGCCAAUCUCGCUGUUGUGGACCUUCUCAGCGCAGCUAUAAACGUGCCCAUUCAUAUGAUUAGUUACGUUUGGGAGGCGAGUUGGUUUAGAGGAAAGAUUCUGGCUAUCAUCAGCAGCAGUCUCAAUCGGUUAUUUUUGAUGUUGAAUCUUGUCUCCAUGCUCGCCAUGAUGAUAAAUAUGUACCUGGCCAUUUCCUUUGGUUUGAGAUAUCUCGCCUGGAAGACGAAGAAAAAAGCCCUGAUCUGUGUGAUUUUCAUCUGGUUCGCGUGUAUCGUUAUGGCGACCUUGUUUGCAUUGCCUCUACUCAAUAUCGAUCUUGGUAAUGCUCAUGUCAGCGAAUACAGAGCAGAGAUCUUCGAACAAGCAAAGUAUUUUGUUGCUGCAGGCACGUCGAUCCUCAUUAUCUGUAGUGCUUUGGUCUCUUUCCUGACAGCUUGUGCGAUAAGGAGGAAGAGAAUGAAGAGAAAAGAAAUGAAUUUGUCUUCCUCUCAAGCUGAAGUCCGAUUGAGGGAGGACGUAAAAGCGACUAAAACCAUCGCCAUUACAAUAGCUGCCUACUUCUUCUGCUUUAUUCCUGCCAUCGUGUUUGCAGCAGUGGUUUAUGAAGAAGAUGACAACGAUGUUUGGUUUUCUUUUAUUGCUCGUUACAGCAUUGACUUCUCGAGCGCAGUGAAUCCGAUUAUCUACUACACAAGAACAAGACGCUGCCGUUCAGCUUUCAAACAGCUCAUAAAAAACCCUUUUGGAUCAAGCGACUACAAAGAGAGGCCAAACUUGAAUAACACUCGAGUGCUCGUAGGAAAUAGAGAUGGCGUUGAACAAGAAAAUAGCCGUGAUGUCAAAUUGGAUGGAAACCCAACGGGAGAAACGUAUGCAAGCAAACGAAGAAAUGCACUUACUAUUCUAUCAAGUGAAAGCGUAAGGGUUCAUGAGGCCAGUUAUUAUGCAGAUGGAAAACAGCUAAGCUGGGAAGGACAAAUGUCUAAAUGUGGAGUUGAAGCUUUCGAUCAGUUAAGCGGAGAGGAAACAAAAGGAGGGCAUGAUAAACUGAAUGAGACGAAAAGACAAAAAAUUCGGGAACAGUUACGCCCAUUUUCUAAGGUUCAUUCUCUCGAAGUGGUUGCAACACACAUUGCCGCUGACGAUUCUGCUGGAGGAAAACGAAUAGAAAGCGCUCACCACUUUAGGAGGGAAGAAAAAAGACAAGAGUUUUCCGGAAAAAGAAAAGGCACCGUUUCAAAUAGUCUGGUGUUACUAAAAGUGCGGAAGGCGGCAUGGCAAGCCACUGAGGAGGAAGACAUAGGUCAGACUAUGUCUAAACCUAACUGA